GGUGCAAACUGGCACAUGAGACACUUUACGCAAUCAAUACUUUGGCACUAGUAACAACCUACAAAUCUAAAAUUCAAGAUCUUCUUCAGUGGUCAGUGAUGAUUAGGAGAUGAUGGGACUGUUGUUCCUCUGUGUGUCUGCAGCGCUGCUCAACUACGUAUCUGCCUCCACAGAUGUCUGCACCAAUUCUAUCCUUCCUGGAGCUAAAGGAGACCAAGGUGAGAUUGGAGAGGAGGGGGAUCAGGGAAAACUCGGGAAGAAUGGGCCGCCAGGACUUCCAGGAGUGCCAGGAGAGACAGGGAUUGAAGGAGAGGCGGGCCACACAGGAAAGAUGGGGCGUAUUGGAGACAAAGGUGACAAUGGUGACACAGGUUUGGAAGGGCCCACUGGUUUAAAAGGUAAACCAGGCACAACAUGUGACUGUGGCAGGUACAGGAAGGUGGUUGGACAGCUGGAUGUCAAUGUAGGCAAGCUGAGGAAUGCUGUCAAGUUUGUGAAGAAUGUCAUCAUGGGGCUGAAGGAAACAGAAGGAGGUUAUUACCUGUUGGUGAAAGAGCCCAAGAGGUACAGAGAGGCUUCAAUGAACUGCAAGCUAAGAGGUGGCAACCUGGCUAUGCCAAAAACCAGCAACACCAACCGUCUCAUGGCAGACUAUAUCAGUCAGGCGGGACUGACAAGGGCUUAUAUAGGAGUGCAGGCUCAAAGCAAGGACACAGAUGGAACAAGCAGUUAUGUUUAUGCAGACUCCAGUCCUCUGCAAGGGUUUGCAGCUUGGAGCCAAGAGGGGGCGCUAAACUCCACAAUAUCUCUCAGCACAAACUCAAGCUGCGUGGAGCUGCUCAGCACUGGAACAUGGGGCCACGUGGAGUGUGAGGCCACCAUGUUUUUCAUCUGUGAGUUUCCAAAGAGCAGGAGAAGAGGAGAAGGAAGAGGGACGUCUGCAUCAUCAUGAGUCAAUUAAACUUUCUCACUUGCAUGCAAAAGACAUAGUAUAGAUACAGUAUAUAUUGCAUUGUAUAGAAUUAGCAAUUUAUGUGAUAAAUGAA